GUAUUUGGUUUCUCUGUCCCCUUGUAAGAACACAGCCGCCUGCCUGUCUACUGCUGUUGCUGCUGUUCUGACUAACUUUUUGCUGCCCCUUGCCUCUCCUUUCUCUUUCUGCUUAGCUCCUUGCCUUCUGGUACUGCUCCCAGGAUGGAGACUAAUCACUCUGCACAGCUCUCAGGAGAACCACAGUCAACACCUCUGGGGGACAGUUCAUCAUUACCCAGUCAAAAUGGCCUGGAGAAGCCACAUGAUCAGAAUUCCUCAACCUCUCUCCAAGCACCCCUGAAAGGGGCAGAUGUGCAGCCUGAAACAGGAGCUCAUGACAUCUCUGAAGAGUUGAAUCGACAACUGGAAGACAUCAUUAACACGUAUGGGUCUGCUGCUGGCACAGCAGGGAAAGAGAGUCCCAGUAAGGCCAAGGAGCACCCUGAGAACACAGAACCAGCCGACAACGAGGAUGGGGAUUGUGAGGAGGUCACUGAAGAAACUGAGAGAGAACCGGUAGCUUCCGAAGAGCGACCCACAGCCAAAGAGACUGUCAGCAAUAAAGAGCAAAAAUUGGAAAAGAAAAUCCUAAAAGGAUUAGGCAAAGAAGCCAACCUACUAAUGCAAAAUCUGAACAAGUUGCAAACUCCUGAAGAAAAGCUUGAUUUUUUAUUCAAGAAGUAUGCUGAAUUGCUGGAUGAACAUCGCACUGAGCAAAAGACUUUGAAGCUUCUACAAAAGAAACAGGUACAAAUCCAAAAAGAAAAGGACCAGUUACAAAGUGAACACAGCAGAGCUGUCCUCGCUCGAAGCAAACUGGAGAGUCUGUGCCGGGAGCUGCAAAGACAUAACAAGACCCUGAAGGAAGAAACCCUACAGCGGGCACGCGAGGAAGAAGAGAAAAGAAAAGAGAUUACAAGUCAUUUCCAGAGUACCUUGACAGAUAUCCAGGCCCAGAUUGAGCAGCAGAGUGAGCGAAAUAUGAAGUUGUGUCAGGAGAACACAGAGCUCGCAGAGAAACUGAAAAGCAUCAUCGAUCAGUAUGAGCUCAGAGAGGAGCAUCUGGACAAAAUAUUUAAACACAGAGAACUGCAGCAGAAGCUAGUGGAUGCAAAACUUGAGCAGGCACAAGAAAUGAUGAAGGAAGCAGAGGAGCGACACAAACGUGAAAAGGAAUAUUUGCUGAACCAGGCAGCAGAGUGGAAACUUCAGGCCAAAGUGCUAAAGGAACAAGAGACAGUCCUGCAGGCUCAGCUCACUCUCUACUCUGGAAGGUUUGAAGAGUUCCAGAGCACACUGACAAAAAGCAAUGAGGUGUUUGCCACUUUCAAACAGGAAAUGGAUAAAACAACUAAGAAAAUGAAGAAGCUGGAAAAGGACACGGCCACGUGGAAAGCCCGGUUUGAGAGCUGUAACAAAGCUCUGUUGGACAUGAUUGAAGAGAAAGCACUGAGAGCAAAAGAAUAUGAGUGCUUCGUGAUGAAAAUUGGGAGGCUAGAGAAUCUCUGUCGAGCUUUACAAGAAGAGAGAAAUGAACUCUACAAAAAAAUUAGAGAAGCGAAAAUGCCAGAAAAGGAUGAGGAAGCUCAGCACACCUCGGAUGAAGAGCCAGAGCCAACUGUUUCGGCGGGUGAAGAGGCUGACACAGAGGACGCCAACAGAGUUCAAGAUGCCGUGAAAAGUCUGGCCACAGCCUUAGCGGUAAUUCAUUAUCCUGGAUCAACCCUCGACCUGUCCAAAGAAUUCCAGCCAGAAUUCGGCAGUCCUCCAGGGGCCAGUGACGCAGCCCUCAAAAAGCCAGACCAAUGCCCUCUGAGCCCUGCAUGCCAUUCAGAGAGUCCCCUGCCUCCCCCAGUUCCCCAAGCUGAGGCAGAAGGAAGCACUGAGUCAGAGGAGCCCCCCAUAGCCAGUAAUCCCCCUGUAGCGUCAGAAGCAGAGCUCCAAGACCAGGGUCUCCGGAUUGAAGCACAGGCUGAUCAGCAGCCGUGGAAGCCAGAGGCAGAAGCUUCCAGUCAGGCCCCACAUUCCCCCUCUGAGGCCUCCCUGUGGGUAAUGGAGGCAAAUGGUCCUGCCCCACCACCCCCAGCAGGUGAGCAACUUCCAGCUGGAGCACCUGGCUGUGAGCCCAAUAGGCAGCCUCCACCAGCAGCAGCAGAGGGCCCGCUACAAGGGGUCUCAGCCAGACCCCAGGUGCCCAAAGGGUCCGACCCCAAUCUAGAGGGAGUAGACUAAGCCUCAUCGCGGCCUCGGAGGCUGAUCUUCCUGACUUCACAUCUUUGUCAUAACAGAUUUUCUUCUGAAAGAGGCAUUAAGGACUAGGGAUGUCUAUUGGAAGAGACUUAAUUAGAAUCAAACCAUUUUUAAAUGUUAUGUAGAGCACAUUCAGCCUUUGCUAUUUGUUCUCAAUUUAUAACUGAUACGGAGCUUUUCUAGUUAACACUGGUUGACGGUAUAAUUUUCCUGGAUGGCAACAAAACAUACGAAUAGAAAAUUUAUAUUAUUAUAAUUUGCCAUUAACAUUGGACUUAAUUCAAUUUGUUAAUCAACAGUAAUAUUUGGUAUUUAAAGACUUCCACUACAAUAUAUAACUAUUGAAAAUGUGAUGUUGUAUUUAUUUCCAUAGUUUAAUAAGUUCUAUAGUAAGUAAUGGACAUCCAGGUUCCAUUUAAACAUUAUACAAAUAAUAUAUGCAUAUGUGUGCAUAUAUACAUAUGGAUUGAUUUUUGAAUAUAUACAUAUAUGUGCUUUUGCACAUAUAUACACAUGUGUAUAUCAUAUGUAUGUAUAUAUUUACAUACAUUUCUCUCAUCCUUUUUUGAAUUUCUCUCAUGCAAAAUAUUUAGAUGCCAGUCAAAAAGAUGAUCUCUUACUUGCACUUGGAACUACAGUAGACUAAUGCCCUAUGAAAUCAGAAGUAGGUUCAGAACACAAGUAUUUAGGGCAAAAAUAAGUAACUCAAUUAUCAAUCAAUAAAUUCAGCCAAUUGAUCAAAUGACAGAACAGCAGCUGGGUUAGAUUGCAAAUCUGUGUAGAAUGCACAGAUAACAAAGAUGACCACAAGAGGCCAUAAACAGAACAGGGGAACGCUCGGAGCUGUAAAUUGCUCACUUUUUCCAGCUGCUUCUUCUACACAACUCAGACCAUGCCUUGCAACUCAAGCCACUCAUGGCUUCCUGCAAGGAAAGGGUUGGAAGUGGGAAAGGAAGUGGGUUGAAAGUGCUAAGGCAGGGAGGAAUUGGGGUCCUCAGACUGAGAAGAGGCUAUGCUCAUCCCCUGCCUCUUGUGCUACCAAAGUCUUGAGAAUUUCUCAAAGCAGAGAAUGGGUUUGUUUGUAAAUAAUAGUCUUGAGGCAGAAUAUUCACCUGCCCCUAUCAACUCCUCGGUUCCCUCCCUGUCACCUACCACUGUCUCCAAAGAGUUUCCCAACACCUCUUGCAGUCACUGCUUCAGUCUAUCUUCUCAGAACAACUGCUCCUUCUUUCUGACCCCCUCUUUUGCAGUAGGAAAUUAUACCCAGACCUCAUCUCAGAUAUUGCUAAGUAAAAACUAUUAUUUUUCCAAAACAGAAAUCCACAUAGGGUCUCAAUACGAGUGGUAAGGCUUACAAACAAACACAUUCUCUGCUUUGAGAAAUUCUCUACAGCCAGAAGUACAAACAAAACAAAGGACAAAUGGGUCCAUACUCAAAAUGACUUGGAAAAAUAGGUGAGGAUUCAGAAGAAGGCAAAAGCUAGAAACACCUGGAGUUGUCUACGAGUACAUGAGUAUUACAUUAUCAUUUCUCGACUAGAACCUCUAAUAAUAUUGACAGUAUAAACUACUCUGCUUGGUGUAAAGAGAAACUGCACCAAAGAAAUAGGAAGGAAAAGAGGAAGGGAAGACGGAGGGAGGAAAGAAAAAAAGAUCUAACCCAGGCCUACCUUAAAAGUUGAACUCAAGUAGAAAAAUGGAUAAAAGCAAGAUUUUGUACUACUCAUGCAGGAAAUCAUUCUUUGGUGUCACAUGUGGCUGUCUGCCAAGGCACACAAAGUCUUGUAGGCAGCAGCCAUAUGCUACAAGAAUUGUAAACUGCAUAAAAUUUGUUUGAAGUAGACAGUGAGGGUAAUAACAAAAUGCUAGUCAGGAAAAAAAAAAGCAUAUCGCUAUUUGAGAACCCAUGUAUUUCUAAAGGCUUAAAAUAUUAUAACCACAGGGUAUCCAGCCAAAUUCAACAUUACUUGAAAUCUUAGAGAUUUAAACAUUCAUUUAAUUCAGAGCCAAAUAUUCACCAUAACAAUCCAGGAGGGUCUCCUUUUUCACUAUUUACAAAGGCUAGACUUCCAAGAUGGAGUAAGAUUAGAUAAUCAUAGUAAAGUCUCAGUCUAAACGUUUAGCAAGAGAAACGGAAGAGAGAGCCAAAAUCCAGUAAAUCAAAUAUUCUCAGAUCCAAAGUUCAUUUUUUCCUCAUCCAAAAAGCUUUCAUAGCAACACAUUAUUCAGUAUAUAUCUUGGGCAGAGUUUCAGAUACAAAAAUUUUCCUGAAAUUUGCACAGCUUAAUAGAGGCUUUGGGAGAAUUAUUUUAAUAUUCAAAGAAUGUAUUUUGUGUUAGAAUUGGGCCUUACUCAUUGUAACAAUAACUCAUAAGACCUUAAAGAAGGUCUUUAUCAAGUUCAUGUAACUAUUUCUAGAGAUACCAAGUCUACUUACCAGAAACACUAGAAUUGUUGGUGUUUUGCAAAUGAAAUAACUAUAAUUAAUGUAUCGAUUAAAAAGGUACUUCUC